AUGGAGGAUAUGGUCGCUGCCGCCGAAGCUGGUGACGUGGCGGACGAGGAUAGGACGUUCUGGUGGCAGGUGGGGGGGGGAAGGGAAGGGAAGUUGGGGGCGAAGGUGGGUUUGGUGCUGGAGCAGGUGAGGGGCCUGCACAUGGGCUUUAACGACGCUGUCACGCCUGAAGAGAGGCUGCAAGGGCUUAACACUAACAACCUCAUCAUGCACAUCUGCCCUCCAGUCUUCACGUCACCAGUUCACAUCUUUUUCACUGUUUCAUUUCCUUUCACUUCUCACUCCACGUCUUCCUGUCGCUCACCGCACUGCACUCCUUUCUACUGCUCACCACCGCCAGCCAUUGACUUUGACAUCAUGAAUCUGCACGGGGACAUCCAGGAUCUACAGUACGUACUCGAUAUAGCGCAUGCUGCACACGCGGACCAUGCCAGCACUGACGCGGAUGGUGACAACAAUGGAAGCAGGAGCGAUGGGGCUGAUGGGGGCAGCAAUGGGGACAGCAAGGGGAGCGAGGGUGUGAAGGAACGACUUAUGCUCGUCCUCCCAGAUGCAUGCUCUGCCAUUAUCAAGCUACUGCCUGGCAACGCGGACCUGCUCACGGCUCAAGCCACGUGGACUCGCCUCGAGACCAUGCUUCGCAUCUACAACCCCAUUGUCCCCCUUGCCCUACCCUCCCAUGCUUCCCAUGCCGCCAUGCUCACCAUGCCGUUUCCCCCAUGCCACCAUGCCCCCAUGCCCCCUACCCAUCAUGCCCCUCGUGCCAGCUAUGCCCUCUGCCCCUCACCUUCUGCUGCUGCAAGGCCAUGUUUCGCAUCCACAAGUCAAGUCAGUUCGCCCUGUGGUUCCUUCGCCCUGUGGUUCCUUCUCCCUUGCUGCCGAUAUCGCUUCUCCCCUCCUCUCCCUCCUUUCCUUCGCUCUUCUCUCUUCGUAUGCCCCCCUCCUUUCUCGUAUGCCCCCCUCCUUUCUCGUAUGCCCCCCUCCUUCCUCGUAUGCCCCCCUCCUUUCUCGAUCUACGAUUUCUCAUUCCAGCUAAAUCCACCAAUCAACAUCAACGCUGCUGCUGCUGCCACGUCAGCUGCUGACGUCAUCCCAGGUCAUGCCAUGUCGUUCGCCAGCUAUCCCGGCCGUCUGUUUUCCGGCGACGAUUUUUACAUCACCAGUGCCAGGCUGGCAAUUCAGGAGACCACCAUAGGGAAUAACAACGCUGAGCUGUACCGGCGCUACGUGCGGGCCAAUGGCACGGUCUUGGAGUGGAUUCGCAACGUGGUGGCCAACCGGGUGGCGAGCAGCGGGCGGCAAUGGGUGGACGUAUUCUCACGGCACAACAGCGGCACGUACAACAAUCAGUGGAUGGUGGUGGAUUACAAGCUCUUCCUCCCAGGCCUACCUCCCCCGGAUGACACCCUCUGGGUGCUUGAGCAGCUGCCAGGGCACAUUGUAGCGGAGGAUAUGAGCGCCCACCUGCGUGACGAGGGGUACUGGGCGUCGUACAACAACCCGGCCUUCCCCGCGAUCUUCAACCUCAGUGGAUUCGCCGAUCUGGAGCGGCGCCAUGGCUCGUGGUUCUCCCACUCGCAGUGCCCGCGAGCCAAGUUGUUCCGCAGGGACCACGGCAAGGUGGUGGGUGUGGCAUCGCUGCAGCGCCUCAUGCGAUACAACGACUUCAAGCACGACCCGCUCUCCGCCUGCAACUGCACCCCACCCUACUCUGCAGAGAUUGCAAUUGCCGCGCGUGGGGAUUUGAACGAGGCGGAUGGGCAGUAUGAGUUGCCAUUCCUGGGCCUCAGGGACCAUGCAGAGACGGACUCCAAAAUAACCGGGUACCACAUGUUACAGCACAGCCUGGCAGCACUCGCAAUAAGCGGUCCCACAUACGACCAGCAGCCGCCAUUCCAAUGGAGCAAAUCACCCUUCGCUAACGUCUCCCAUCUGGGUCAUCCGGACCUCUUUCUCUUCCCAUGGCUCGCCAUCAGCUAUGGCACGGAGGGCACUGGCACGGAGGGCACUGGCACGGAGGGCACUGGCACGGAGGGCACUGGCACGGAGGGCACCAGCACGGAGGGCACCAGCACGGAGGGCACCAGCACGGAGGGCACUGGCAGCCGGCUGUCGGUGCGUGUUCAACCCCAGCCACAGCAGCCGGGCACAGCCGACAUCUCGCCAUCAGCUAUGGUACAGAGGGCACCAGCGGAGAGCACCAGGAGCAGCAUAGAGAGCACCAGGAGCAGUGCAGAGGGCACCAGCGGCAGCACAGAGAGCACCAGCGGCAGCACAGAGAGCACCAGUGGUAGCACAGAGAGCACCAGUGGUAGCACAGAGAGCACCAGUGGUAGCACAGAGAGCACCAGGAGCAGUGCAGAGGGCACCAGGAGCAGUGCAGAGGGCACCAGAGGCAGCAGACAGUUCAGCGUGAUUCAUUCUACCGUUGACUUGCAAAUUGCUCGCGUCCACUUCACGCCGUACGAUCGACUCCCCUCCUUAUUAAUCACCGCCGUCGGAUCCCCGGACGACCAUCCCCGCAUUGCGCCAUGCCUCCGCGCGCCAGAAGAGGCGGGGCUUCUCGCAAGUCCCCCGCAUCCGCCUCUGCCCGCGGAAAGGCUUCUCCUGCCGCCGCCGCUUCCCCCGCUUCCCAGCGCGGACUUUCCGACAGCCCCAGCAUUGCUGAGGUUCCCAUCGCUACGGCAGAGUGGCAGACAGCUGCGGAGCCAGAAGCCCGGAGAGUCCCCGAGCCUGCCAAACGGAGGUUCCCCGAAAUCUCGGGGAAGGAAGCGAGGGUCAUCAGACGGGGAGAUGGACGCUAAGAGACGACGGUCGGGCGAGAAGGGCAAGGGAGGUGAGUUGGCGGAGGCGUUGGGGGGAAAGGUGGGGGGGUUGGGGUUGGACAGGUGGGAGAGGAAGGAGGAGGGGGAAAAGGGGAAGGGGGAGGAGGGGGAAGAGAGGGGAGGAGCAGAUGUCAAUGGGAAAGCGGGGAAAGAAGGGGAAGCGGGGAAAGGAGGGGAAGAAGGGGUAGCAGAGGAGACGGUAAAGCUGGAAAAGGCAGAUGAGGCUGCUGAGCGAGAGGACGAGGGGGACGCGGACGAAGAGCAGGGAGGUUCAGGCGAGGAGUCCCCAACAGGGGAGGAGCAGCAACGCCGGGGCGCGCGCAGAGCACGCGGAGAAGGCAGGGGAGGAGCGGGAGGCGCAAGCAGAGGCGCGGGGGCUCGCGGACGGGGUCGUGGGGCGCGAGGGAGAGGGGGUAAGGCUGGCGCUGGACUUGUUUCCCCUGACCGCCCCAUGUCCCCAGGGGGAGCGGCAGGCGCGGGGAAAGGAAGAGGCCCCAGGAAGCGGUCCCCUGCUCCGCCUAUCCAUGCUGAUGGGGAGACAGGCGGAGCGGGGAAAGGGGGAAGGGGCGGGGGAGGUGCUGGGGUCGCGGGGGCGGCGGGAGGGGCGGGGAGAGGCGGGGAGGAGCUGCAGGAUGUGGUGCAUGAGGCUGGGGCAGCGGGGAGUGGGAUUGUGAGGGAUGAGAAGGCGUUGGACUCGGUUGUGAAGGUGUUCUGCGUGCACACUGACCCCAACUUCUCCCUUCCCUGGCAGCGCAAGAGACAGUACAGUUCCAACAGCAGCGGGUUCAUCAUUGAGAACCGCCGUGUGCUCACCAACGCGCACUCCGUGGAACACCACACGCAGGUGAAGGUGAAGAAGAGGGGAUCAGACACCAAGUACCUCGCAACAGUGCUUGCUGUGGGCACUGAGUGCGAUAUAGCGCUACUGUCAGUGGAGGAUGAUGAGUUCUGGAAGGACGUGCAGCCACUCAAGCUGGGGUCUCUCCCGCACCUCCAGGUAUGGCUGGGGUCUCUCCCGCACCUCCAGGUAUGGCUGGGGUCUCUCCCGCACCUCCAGGUAUGGCUGGGGUCUCUCCCGCACCUCCAGGUAUGGCUGGGGUCUCUCCCGCACCUCCAGGUAUGGCUGGGGUCUCUCCCGCACCUCCAGGUAUGGCUGGGGUCUCUCCCGCACCUCCAGGUAUGGCUGGGGUCUCUCCCGCACCUCCAGGUAUGGCUGGGGUCUCUCCCGCACCUCCAGGUAUGGCUAGGGUCUCUCCCGCACCUCCAGGUAUGGCUGGGGUCUCUCCCGCACCUCCAGGUAUGGCUGGGGUCUCUCCCGCACCUCCAGGACCCUGUAACGGUGGUUGGGUAUCCGAUAGGAGGCGACACCAUUUCAGUCACAAGCGGAGUGGUGUCACGAAUCGAGGUGACAGCAUACGUGCACGGGGCGUCGGAGCUGCUGGGCGUGCAGAUCGACGCCGCCAUCAACUCAGAGGGGGCUCUAUCCCCAUCCGCAGGCCCCUUCACUCCCCUUCUUCCCCCAACCCUCUUCCUCCAUCCUGCCCUCUGCCCCUCCCCUCCCCUCCCUCAGGACCCAGUGACUGUGGUGGGGUAUCCGAUUGGUGGAGACACCAUAUCAGUCACAAGCGGGGUGGUGUCGCGCAUAGAGGUGACAGCGUACGUGCACGGGGCGUCGGAGCUGCUGGGCGACCCAGUGACAGUGGUUGGAUACCCCAUAGGCGGCGACACAAUCUCAGUGACCAGUGGAGUGGUGUCGCGCAUCGAGGACCCAGUGACAGUGGUUGGAUACCCCAUAGGCGGCGACACAAUCUCAGUGACCAGUGGAGUGGUGUCGCGCAUCGAGGUGACAGCAUACGUGCACGGGGCGUCGGAGCUGCUGGGCGUGCAGAUCGACGCCGCCAUCAACUCGGGCAACUCGGGCGGGCCGGCGUUCAAUGCGGCGGGCGAGUGUGUGGGGAUUGCGUUCCAGUCGAUGCGGGGGGAUGAGGCGGAGAACAUUGGGUAUAUCAUCCCCACGCCCGUCAUCCACCACUUCAUCUCGGAUUACGACCGCAACGGCCACUACACAGGGUUCCCCAUCCUGGGCGUGGAGUGGCAGAAGAUGGAGAAUCCAGACAUGCGCAAGGCGCUCGGCAUGGAGGCGGGGCAGAAGGGCGUGAGGGUGAGGCGGGUGGAGCCCACCUCGCCUGCCGCCCAGCUGCUGCAGACCUCAGACAUCCUGCUGUCCUUCGAUGGCGUGGCAGUGGCAAAUGACGGCACAGUGCCGCUCCGCAAGGGCGAGCGCAUAGGCUUCAGCUACUUAGUAUCUCAGAAGUACGAGGGGGAGAUGGCACAGAUCAACGUGCUGAGGGCCAACAAGGUGCUGCAACUGCAGGUGGAGCUGCCGUGCACAGCCUGUCCCACCCCCUGCCCCUCUGCCGUGCUCGUCACUGCUCUCCGUUCCCCCGCGCGUCCUGCAUUUCCGUCCCCCUCUCCCGCCCUUCCCCCCCACCCACUUUCCCUGCCCCCAGUGCCGUUUCGCAAGGGCGAGCGCAUAGGCUUCAGCUACCUGGUGUCUCAGAAGUACGAGGGGGAGACGGCACAGAUCAAUGUGCUGAGGGGCGGCAAGGUGCUGCAACUGCAGGUGGAGCUGAGGAGGCACAAGCGCAUGGUGCCCGUGCACAUUGCGGGGCUGCCGCCCUCGUAUUUCAUCGUGGCAGGGAUUGUGUUCACCUGGGUCACCGUGCCUUACCUCCGGGCAGAGGUGUGGGAGGUGUCCUGGGGAAAGGUGCGUGCAGAAGGGCUAGAGGUGGGCUUUCAGCAGCACAAGCGGCUGGUGCCGGUGCACAUUGCACUAUUGCCUCCCUCCUACUUCAUAGUGGUGGGGUUUGUGCUCACCUGGUACGGCAAGGACUAUGACUAUGACGCGCCGGUGAAGCUGCUGGAUAAGCUCAUGCACCGCAUGAGACAGUCAGACGAUGAGCAAGUGGUUGUCAUCUCACAGGUGGGUUCUAUUCCAGAUGUAGCAGCUGUAUGGAACAUCAGGCAGGUUACAUUCAAGCGUUUAUGGACGCUGCUGGAUAGGCUGAUGCACCACCGCAGGAGACAGUCAGAUGACGAGCAAGUGGCCGUCAUCUCCCAGGUGCUGGUGGCGGAUGUGAACAUAGGCUACGAGGAGGUGGUGAAGACGCAGGUGCUGGUGGCGGAUGUGAACAUAGGCUACGAGGAGGUGGUGAACACACAGGUGGUGGGCUUCAACGGCGUGCCGGUGAAGAACCUGCUGCAGCUCGCUCGCCUCGUGGACCAGUGCACCGACCCCUUCAUGCAGUUUGACCUCGACUAUGACCAGGUGUUGGUGCUGGAAACAGCAAAGGCCAAGGACGCAACACCGGACAUUCUUGCGAUACACUCCAUCCCAUCUCAUUGCUCCAGUGACAUCAAAGAAGGCCAUCUGUCCACAAUUUCGGCUCAAAGGGGUUUCCUGCCUGCUGUGAAGGGAGAAUCCCCCUCCACGAGUCCCUCACCCCUUUUCCCCGACAAUUCCUUUUCCUCACAGCAAUGGGAGGAGGCGUACGGGCUGCAAAAAGAGUCUCUUCUGCCCCCGGAAAAGAUAUCCCUGCCCGCUGACGUGGCAGCAGCUCCGCAUUUGGAGGCGUGCAGCGAGGUGUCGGCGCACAGACUGGCGGCGGAGCAGCGAGGGCCCAAUGGGGAGUCGCCUGAGUGGGCUCGUCCUAAAGACUGCUGCGGCUGCAACCCACAGCCGCCAUGGGUGUGUAUGGGUGGGUAUGAUUGGGUGUGUAUGGGUGUGUAUGGGUGUGUAUGGGUGUGUAUGGGUGUGUAUGGGUGGAUUCGUGGUUCAGACGCAGCCAAUCUGGGCAUGACACGUGUGGCACAGAGGGACAUAUGGGAGCACCAGUUCCCGCCCAAUCGGUGUGAGGGCAGGCGCCUGCUCAUUGCGCACUGGGCCUACAUCGCCCAUGGGAUCGGGUCGCAGUUGCACAUCAUAACGGCCAUUCUCAGCCUGGCCAUGCGCCACAACCGCACGCUGGUUCUCCAGUAUCCGUCGUUUGACCGCGCCAAGCACGACGAGUGCAAUGCCACAGGAGCAUGGGGCUCGUUCAACUGCUACUUCUUCCCUCUGACCUCUCCUGACUGCGAGGAGAUCGCGCUCAAUUCCAACAGCACAGGGGCGCUGCCGCCCUGCUGCACGCCCAGCACCAAGGAGGAGGUGCUGGCAUCGGACCACCCCAUUGUGUGCUUCCAUGGGGAGCCCUUCAAUGGUCUUCAGUUCGAAGCCAGCAUUGCCAGCCAGUGGGACACGGCCUACCUGGAGCGACCCAACAUGAUCGAGCUGCAGGGGCAGGUGGAGAGAGACAAUCCCCAGCACAUCAAGGUGCACUGGUGGCGCAGCCAAGCGCUGCGCUUCAUGCUGCGCUGGCCCUCGCCGUACCUCUGCCAUCUCACCAACCGCAUCCGCCACGGCGCCUACGGGCUGCGCGUGGCAACCCACACCGUGCAGGCCCGCGAUCGCAGCGCCGCCCUCCUCCGACUCUACAACGACCACCUCUCUGCUGCCUCCCCCUCUUCACUCCCUGCUUCUGCCUCCUCGACAUCUCUCCACCCCCUCAGUCUCAACCACUCCGAUCCAUCUUUCCUUACCUCUGCCGAUCCAUCCAUGCAAUCCCGGGCCUGGCCCGGGCUCGGCGUCGCCAGCUGCUCAGGCUCGGCAAGCUCUCCCGGUCCUGCCCCCAGCUUCCGAGCCUAUCUGACGAGCCUGUACGAGGGGGUGGGGCGAGAGGCGUAUAUGCCUCGGCCGAUGGUGAGCCUGCACAUUCGGCAGGGCGACAAGGGGAGUGAGAUGAAGCUGAGCUCUUUCAACUCCUUUAUGUUCUAUCUGCACCGCCUCAGACUCCACGUUCCCGACAUCCGAUUCGUAUGGAUCAGCACUGAAAUGCAGUCCGUGAUCGACCAAUCAGCGCAGUUCAAGGACUGGACCUUCUUCUAUUCGCAGAACGAGAGGCAGCUGGGCGACAUGCGGUUGAUCGACUACGAGAAGAAGGCUGGCAGGGCACAGCUGGUGGGGGUGAGCUUUGCGAACCUGAUUAUCUCAUCGGAGUGUGACUACUAUGUGGGCGUGCUUGGGUCCAACUGGAACCGGUUGAUCAAUGAGAUGCGGGCCACGAGUGGCAGGGUGUUUGCUGGUUAUGUCGCGAUCAACAAUGGUGAAUUCUAG